AUGGAAAUACACUGUAAGCACGACCCGUUCGCCGCGAUGCAUAGACAUGGAGGAGUGAAUCAGUUAGGGGGUGUUUUUGUAAAUGGUCGACCGCUCCCUGAUGUAGUCCGCCAAAGGAUUGUGGAACUUGCUCAUCAAGGCGUCAGACCCUGUGACAUCUCCAGGCAACUUCGAGUCAGCCAUGGCUGUGUCAGCAAAAUACUCGGCAGGUACUAUGAGACUGGAAGCAUCAAGCCUGGAGUUAUUGGGGGGUCAAAACCAAAGGUCGCCACACCCAAAGUAGUAGAAAAGAUUGCAGAAUAUAAACGCCAAAACCCCACCAUGUUUGCCUGGGAGAUCAGGGACAGACUUUUAGCGGAGCGAGUGUGUGACAAUGACACAGUGCCCAGUGUUAGCUCAAUUAACAGGAUUAUACGGACAAAGGUACAGCAGUCCCCCAACCAGCAAGUCCCAGCCUCCAGUCACAGCAUAGCCUCCACAGGUUCCGUGACACAAGGGUCCUCAGUAAGCACUGACUCAGCGGGUUCCUCCUAUUCCAUUAGCGGAAUUUUGGGAAUUACAUCCCCCAGUGGUGAAAGCAACAAACGCAAAAGAGAUGAAGGUAUCCAGGAGUCUCCAGUACCAAACGGCCAUUCUCUCCCGGGUAGAGAUUUCCUUCGGAAGCAAAUGCGGGGAGAUAUUUUCACUCAGCAGCAGUUAGAAGUGUUGGAUAGAGUCUUUGAAAGACAACAUUAUUCUGACAUCUUCACAACAACUGAACCAAUCAAACCAGAGCAGUGGUGCUCCAUGCUGAUGAGGCAAUACUUGGUGCAGCCCCAGGCAGUCAUUUUUCAGACAACAGAAUACUCAGCAAUGGCAUCGCUAGCUGGUGGAUUAGACGAGAUGAAGGCCAAUUUAUCAAGCCCUACUUCAACAGACAUAGGAGCCAGUGUUCCAGGACCCCAAUCAUAUCCUAUUGUGACAGGUCGUGAUUUGGCAAGCACAACCCUCCCUGGAUACCCUCCGCACGUCCCCCCUGCUGGACAGGGCAGCUACUCUGCUCCAACGCUGACAGGAAUGGUGCCUGGGAGUGAAUUUUCCGGAAGCCCAUACAGCCACCCACAGUAUUCAACAUACAAUGAUUCGUGGAGAUUUCCCAAUCCUGGAUUGUUAGGCUCUCCGUACUAUUACAGUGCUGCUGCCCGAGGAGCCGCACCCCCAGCAGCUGCUGCUGCUUACGAUCGUCACUGACACGAGGA